CUCUUCUAGACUUGCCAGAGGCAACAGAGGACUAAAGAUGAAGAUCUUUUUCUUAUUCACCUUUUCCACUUUUUUGUUGUCUGCUUUUGAACAAGCAGCUGCUUUUGCUCACUAUGACAAGAUUUUAACUCAUAGUCGAAUAAGAGCACGCGACCAGGGCCCAAAUGUUUGUGCUCUUCAGCAAGUUAUGGGAACAAAAAAGAAAUACUUCAGCACUUGCAGAAACUGGUACCAGCAAGCCAUCUGUGGAAAGAAAGCAACUGUCUUAUACGAGUGUUGUCCUGGCUACAUGAAGAUGGAUGGUACAAGAGGAUGUCCUGCAGUUGCUCCUAUUGAUCAUGUAUAUGGCACACUUGGUAUUGUGGGAGCUACCUCCACACAGCAGUACUCUGACAUAUCAAAGCUGAGAGAAGAGAUUGAAGGACGAGGAUCAUUCACUUUCUUUGCACCAAGCAAUGAAGCCUGGGAGCAAUUAAAUUCAGAAAUUCACAGGAAUUUGGUUUACAAUGUAAAUAUUGAACUGUAUAAUGCUCUCCACCAUCACAUGCUAAAUAAGCGCAUGUUGACAAAAGAUCUUAAAAAUGGCUUGACUCUCGUGUCUAUGUAUAAUGGCCAGAAAUUGCUCAUUAACCAUUAUCCUAAUGGGGUUGUUACUGUUAACUGUGCCAGGAUCAUCCAUGGCAAUCAGAUUGCUACCAAUGGUGUUGUCCAUGUCAUUGAUCGUGUCCUGACGGCUGUUGGAAGUACCAUUCAAGAUUUCAUUGAAGUCGAGGACGAUCUUUCAUCUCUUAGAGCUGCUGCCAUUACAUCAGAUGUCAUGGAUAUUCUUGGAAGGCCUGGUCAUUAUACACUCUUUGCUCCUACUAAUGAAGCUUUUGAGAGACUUCCAAGGGGAGUUUUAGAAAGGAUCAUGGGUGACAAGGUAUCUUCUGAGGCUCUUGUGAAGUUCCACCUAUUAAAUACUCUCCAGUGUUCUGAAGCAAUCACAGGUGGAGCUGUCUAUGAAACUUUGGAAGGAAACACUGUUGAAAUUGGUUGUGAUGGUGAAAGCCUGACUGUGAAUGGAGUGAAAAUGGUGAAACGUAAAGAUAUUGUGACAAGCAAUGGCGUUAUCCAUCUCAUUGAUCAAGUGCUAAUUCCUGAUUCUGCCAAACAAGUCAUUGAGCUUGGAGGUGCCCAGCAGACUACUUUUACUGACCUGGUGGCGCAGCUAGGUCUGGCAUCUUCUCUGAGACCAGAAGGCCAAUACACUCUCCUGGCACCUCUGAAUGGUGCUUUCUCAGAUGACACCUUAAGGCUGGAUCAACGUCUUCUUAGAACAAUCCUGCAGAAUCACAUUAUAAAAGUGAAAGUUGGGCUCAAUGAACUGUACAAUGGACAAGAGCUGGAAACAAUUGGAGGAAAACUACUUAGAGUCUUUGUAUAUCGCACAGCUGUAUGUAUUGAAAAUUCAUGCAUGGUCAGAGGAAGUAAAGAAGGAAGAAAUGGCUUUAUUCACGUCUUCAGACAGAUCAUCAAUCCAGCAGAAAAGACACUGCAUGAAAUGCUAAGAAAUGAUAAGCGUUUUAGCAUUUUCCUCAGUCUGGUGAAAGCUGCAGAUUUAGAUGAUGUUCUGUCACAGCCUGGAGAAUGGACUCUGUUUGUUCCAACUAAUGAUGCCUUUAAAGGUUUGACUGAUGACGAUAAGGAUAUAUUGAUAAGAGACAAAAAUGCUCUCAGGAAUAUUCUUCUUUACCACUUGACACAAGGAGUUUUCAUUGGAAGUGGCUUUGAGCCUGGUGUGACAAAUAUUCUUAAAACCAUCCAAGGAGGGAAACUCUACUUGAAAACAGUGAAUGAUACUCUUCUGGUUAAUGAACUGAAAUCAAGAGAAUCUGAUCUCAUGGCAACAAACGGUGUAAUUCAUGUCAUUGACAAACUCCUAUAUCCAGCAGAUCUACCUGUUGGAAAUGAUCAGCUGCUCACAAUCCUGAAGAAGUUGAUUAAGUACAUUCAAAUUAAGUUUGUUCGUGACAGUACCUUCAAAGAGAUUCCACUGACGUUUUACAAAAUUAACAUAAUUGAAAGCAAUGUCCAGCCUAUCAUCACAAAGGAAGACCCAUCUAUCACACAGAUAACUAAAUUAAUUGAAGGGGAACCUGAGUUCAAAAUAGUCAGGGAAGGGGAGACAAUAACUAAAGUGAUUCAUGGAGAACCAAUUAUUAAAACAUACACCAAAAUCAUAGAUGGACGACCUAUUCAAGAGACAGAGAAAAAAGUAACAGAAGAAAGAAUUAUUCAAGGUCCUGAAAUAAAAUAUACCAGAAUUACUGCAGGUGGUUCAGACAAUGAAGAGAAGUUAAAGAAAUUCCUUGAAGAAGAGGUUACCAAGGUGACCAAAUUUAUUGAAGGUGAUGGUCAUUUACUGGAAGAUGAAGAAAUCAAAAGACUUCUGCAGGGAGAAGCACCUGUACGGAGACCACAACCAAGCAGGAGGACACAAGGGGGAGCAAGAAGGAGGACAAGACUAGCUUAUUCCUAAAAGCUUUCCAAGAGAGAAUCCACAGAACUACAAAUUAACAACAUGGUCUUUGUGAGGAAGAGGAACGCUUUUUUAAAAAAUGAGAUCAUUAGAAAAUGACAUUGUUUUGAUAACAUAAUGUAAACUGAACCAUGAAUCCACAAAAAGAUGUGAAGAUGCAGAUACUCACUGCCAGCAAAGUGCUCACUGGGAGUAGUCCAUUGGAGGUGCUUUAACUGCUCUUAAUGGAAAGCACUAUGCGGGGUCAAAUCCUGGAAUGGCUGAAAGCCAUCAACUUCUGUAGAACCAGGAUUCCUUCUUAUGCUGUCUAGUAAGUGUUUGAAGGAUUGAAUUACAAAAGAGCAGGGAACAAUAAAGAGUGUAUUUUUUUAUUAUUUCCACUAAAUAAGAAAUAUAAAUGAAAUUAGAUAAUUUCUAGGAAAAAAAUCACCUCAGGUGACUUUUAGAGUAAUCUAAGGAAAUAGAAGAUGUUAACAUAGCACUUUUGGUUCAGUAGUAUUUUAUACUUUUUAUAAGUCAAAAUUCAUCAUGUGUUUAAAGUCAUGACACCAGUAACAUUACCUUUUCUAAGCAAACAAAUAUGCUUUAUAUUAAAUGUAUCGUUUAUUUUGUCCUACAUUGCCUUGUAGUAACAAGGAUAAUGGAAGCUCUUAAAAAAAGGAGAAAAAGCAAACACUAUGAGCUUCUUGCUAUGUAUUUGAGACCAUGUUGACUUCUUGAUUUAUAAGAAAAAUCAUUUCCAUUAAAGGAAUCCUAUACCAAUACAUAUACCGAGAUUCUUAAGUGUUUUUCCACUUUUCCCUAAAUGUGUCUUUUGAUUAUUAAAGCAGAUUAUAAAAGGGAUAAAUAAAAUGCAUGCAAACGCUUCAUUCAGUAUGGAAAAAAGUCUUACAAAAAUGAGGCUAGGUCUGAAAGCUUUUGUAUCAAAACAUGUUUUGCUAAUGUCUGGUGCUAAUGUGGAAUUGUUUGUAAAUUAUGUCAAUAUUAUAAUUCUAGUUUUGUACUCAUAAGAUUUGUUUGCCUUUAUUAACAAAAGACAAAAAACAAUUAUUCAUGGAGUAGAAAAAACAUUCAAAGUUUCUUAAUUUUGCAGACCAAAGUUUCAAAGGUGUUACAUAUUGUGCUUUUCUACUUCUGUUUUGAAACAAAACCUUAAUAAAGAAUUUGCCUGAA